AUGGCGCCCACUGACGGCUCCUCCCUCUUUGCGCGCGACAUUCGAUGCGGCUAUGGCCAGAGUUACAGUAGAGGCUAUUGUUACCGCAACAACUGGUCCUACUGGGGACGCUGGGUUCUAGCAGGCGUCGUUAUCUUUUUCUUCGUCCUCUUUUUCAUGUGCUGUCUCAUCUCUCGCCGUCGUAAGAGCCGUGGCACUAAGCCCGUCUACGGUACCGGCUGGAUGGCUGGCAAGCCCUGGGGAAAGAACAACAACAACCACCAAAUGUACAACUACGGUAACCAAGGUGGCCAUAACCAGGGUUACAACCAAGGCGGCUACAAUCAGGGCUACGCUGCGCCUCCUGCGUACGGCCAACAGCAGCAGCCUCAGUACACCGGCAACACAUUUAACACCAACGACGGUUACUAUGGUCAGCAAUCCGGAGUCCAGCAUCCUCAGGGUACUUAUCAACGCGAUGGCGGAUAUGCGCCCCCUCCUGGACCUCCUCCUGGAAAGUAA